AUCUCGUGGGGCAUCCGCAUGAUUUUUAGAAGGAUGAUUUUCGCUCUCAUCGAGCUUUAUGUUGAUGAUUUCACAGGCAUAGCGCCAGCGAGAAUUGCGCAAGAAUUACUAGAUUGUUUUAUCUUUUUGUUGAAUGCGCUGGGGGUGCCUUACGCGAAGAAGAAGGUGAAAAUUGGGUCGGAUGUUGAAGCCCUGGGUUUACUUUUCAAUGUUCAAGGUAGGCCAUAUUUUCAUAUUUCCAAGGACAGGGUUUUGCAGUUAGUCAAAGUGAUAGAUUCUAUUUUUAAGGAAGAUUGUCUAUUGCCGUCAGUAGCCAGAAAGCUCCAAGGCAAAGUAUUUUUUGUGUUUGUGUCGCUCGUAGAUCGAGCUAUGAGCCCAGUUUUGAGACCGUUAAUCAACAGGUCGGAGGAGGUGGACAAAACCACCAAGAUCGCCAAUCGUUUGAGGCAGUGCCUCCAUAUUCUGAAAUAUUUAGUCCAACAACCCUUCAAAAGAUUCGCCAAGUUCCUCCCCGAGGGGAGUGUGGGUAACCUUGUUUAUACAGAUGCAUCGUUUGCUAAUGACGAAGGCAUGCUGUCGGGGGUGCUCCCGAAACGCCUCCCAGAUGGGUCGUUUAAAUAUUUUUGGUUCUCCAUCUCAGUCAGUAGGGAUCAAUUGCACAGGUCCACGGGUCGCCAGCCUAUCGCCUUCCUAGAAGCGGCGGCGCCGUCGUUGGCGAUAAAAGUGUUUGAAAAGGAUAUUGAGAAUAGAUUUUUCAAUUUUUGUAUAGACAAUGAGGCCGCAAAAUUGUGUUUGUUGAAUCAGUCAUCCCAGAAGCAACGCAUGGCUUUUUCAGCUUUUCUGUUUUGGAGCUCGUUGUCUCUCAUCAACGGCUCGGGAUGGUUGUCGAGAAUCCCGUCAGAGCUCAACAUAGCAGACAUUUUCUCUCGGUCUGAUUUGAUGGAGAUCGCUCUUAGAUUAUAUCCGCAGCUCUUCGAAGAAGUCAAGCUUACUGCGUCACAGGUCGAGUUCGCAAUCAAUGCAUGUAGUUUGAGUCCCCACUUCCCGGGUGCGUCUGUGCAACUAGACCCGGGCUUCUUCAAGCAGUCGAUUGAUGAGAAUGAAAUGAAAGAGUCGGGAAAGGGAGAAUCCAAACAAUAGUUCUUCGAAGUAUUUCACAAAGUAAGUCUGGUCUUAUGCUUUGGCUGUUCAAUCAGACACGAAGAUAAGGUCGCCAUCUCCUGCGUAGUACGCGAGCAAGACGGCGCUUCACGUCUCUUGACCAUCCUCUCGUAACAGUGUUCAUCGCACGAGGACCCAUUUGUCCAUGGGGUGUUACUUCGGGAAGUCAUUCUUCGUUCUUCAUUCGUCUGUCUCGAGAGGUAGUCAGGAGUCGUCUUGGCGCACUCCUCAGAGAAGCCGGAUCAGGUCUUGCUUGUUUACUAUUCCAUGAUGUAGUUGUCGGACAAAUAAAGAACAAGGGGAUAGGGCAACCGACCACCUCCACUUUUUUGCCUUCGGGGGGUCUAUCCAGAGCAGAGGGAGCAGCGUAGAAGUGGAGGAAUUCCAUGAGAGGGCAGAACUUCAGGCGGCCACGUAUCCGAUCAGCCAAGGCCGGCCCGAGCUGUCGGGUGUUGUCGCUACCCAAUAACUUACGCAUAUGCCAAAUCAAGCGGUAAAGAUG